AUCUCGCUGUCAACAACUGAUCCAACGGUGAUGUCGUCCACGCAGGCGCUCAAUCAAGAGAUCCGCGAAUCCAAGCGAGAGUUACAGCAAAUCCAGGAGCAGAUCAUGACUUUGAGGUCACGGAAGAGACAGUUGGACACAAAGAUCGCGUCGCUUGAGACACAACUCCAGAGUCACAGCGAAACCGAUUACCAGAAGUUUGCCACCGAUUCGUACGACUGGUCCCAAAAGGUUCACAAGUUAUUGGAGACAGUGUUCGGCCACAAGAAGUUCCGGUCGUAUCAACUGAUGGCCAUCAACGCCACGCUCAGCGCCACGGAUUGCCUUCUGGUGAUGCCUACCGGUGGCGGAAAAUCCCUGUGCUUUCAACUGCCGGCGCUCGUCAACAACGGACUCACUCUCGUGGUAUCGCCGUUGAUAUCACUGAUGGAGGAUCAGGUGAAUGGCCUCAAAGAGCUACGCAUACCUACGGCUGUCGUCAGCGGUCAGACCACUCGCGAGGAAAACAAUCGCGUGCUUCAGGCGAUAGCGGAUCCCAACAGUGAUCUGAAGAUAGUGUACGUAACGCCAGAAAAGAUGGCGAAAUCCAAGCGAUUUAUGUCUCAAUUGGAGAAAUGCUAUCGAAAUGGACGACUCGAUCGUGUGGUGAUCGACGAGGUCCACUGUUGCAGCCAAUGGGGGCACGACUUCCGCACAGACUAUCAGUUCUUAGGCGUACUGAAGACACAGUUCUCGAAGGCGCCGAUCUUAGGGCUGACAGCGACCGCUACCUCUGCUGUCAUAUUAGACAUACAGAAGAUAUUGUCGAUCGAAGGCUGCGUUGUGCUGAAGGACUCCUUCUUUCGGCGAAAUCUUCGCUAUUUUAUUGUGAAAAUCGACGCCAAAAGAGACGAUCAAAUCGCAGAAAUCGCGGAUCAGUUGCUCACCAAAUACGCCAAUCAGUCGGGAAUUAUCUACUGCUUAACCAUCAAAGAUGUCGAAGAAGUGACUUUAAAACUGAACUCAUUGGGUGUCAAAGCCGGUGGAUAUCACGCGUCUCUGGAACCAGACGCCAGGUCCCGGUGUCACCGAAAAUGGUCUCAAAACAAGUUUCAGGUGAUUGUGGCGACCGUGGCGUUCGGUAUGGGUAUCAACAAACUCGACCUCCGGUUUGUGAUACACUUUUCGAUGUCCAAGUCGUUGGAGAACUACUAUCAGGAAACGGGUAGAGCCGGGAGGGACGGGAAGCCAGCCGACUGUAUACUGUACUACAGGUUUGCCGACAUAUUUCGCGCCACGAGUUUGGUCUUCAGCGAGAAGAAUGGUCUGUCGAAUGUCUACUCAAUGCUCGCCUAUUGUCUCAAUGACAGCGUCUGCCGGAAAGAACAAAUCGCCACUUAUUUCGGUGACAAAUGGACGGAUAAUUGCGACCAAAUGUGUGAUAAUUGUAUGAUUGCUGAAGACUUGACCGCAAUCGACGCCACGAAAUACUUGGAGGAUAUCAUCAAAAUACUGGACAACGCGUCCAAUGUUAGCGAACGUAUGACUGCUUUGAAACUAAUGGACGCCUGGUUUGCAAAGGGAAACAAGAAGUUAAGACUCGACGACAUCAGUGUCCCCAUUAUUGGACGCCAUGUAUGCCAACAGAUAAUCGGAUUACUAUUAGUGGACGGCUAUCUCAAAGAGGACUUCCACUUCACGCCCUACUCGACCAUUAGUUACCUGAUAGUGGGCUCCCGUUCCCAUCUGAGGCGCAAAGGCCACACAAUCACGUAUUAUCUCAUUUCGUCGCCAAAACCCAAAAUCAAACAAAACAAUAGUUUGUGUCAAAAGACUGUUAAAGAAAAAAAAGUUAAGAAACAAAAAACUAGUGAUAAUAACAAACCAUCAGAUGAUGUCAUAUGUAUUGACUGA